AUGAUGGGUAAGCUGGACGAAGAUCCUUACAUGGAAGUGAUUCCAGAAGAUCAGUUGAAGUUCUGGCAGUUACAGGGAUCUAAGAGGACCCGUGGUAUUCCAUCGUCAAUUCCGCAGGAAAAGAAAGAGCCUCUCAGAAGAAUUCAAAAUAUGGCAUAUCGAAUGGAUGCUUGCUUCAAACGAAUAGGUAUUCGUGUUGGGUUGGGUGGUCUUAUCGGGCUUAUUCCCGCCAUAGGCGAUAUUGUCGUACUGAUUUUAAAUGCAUAUAUUUUCAGUCAGAUAGUCAGAGUGGACAAUUUCCCUUACUCUGUUACUUCCAAGAUGGUGUACAACCUUGUUCUUGACUUUGUUCUUGGAUUAAUCCCUAUUGUGGGUGAUAUUUUCUCCAUCGGCUACCGGGCAAAUACCAGAAACUUUACCUUGGCACGGGACUAUAUGGUUUCCAAGUACUCUGUUAAGCAGCCAUCCACUGGAGUUUCCCAUCAAGUGGAAUUGCAGGCUAACUGA